GUGAUGCAGAGAUGGGAGUCUGACCAGGAUGGGAAGGGUGCGGGUUCCCCCACUCUUACUCACUUGUACCAGCACCCAUAGAAGGGGACAGAUUGAGAAGCUGCUGGGCCUGCUGUUCACACACAGACUGUAUCAGACACCUGCGUCCUCAUGAUUCGUAACAAGAGUCCCCAGAGGCUGAGCAGGCCUAGCUAUGGCUCCAUUUCCAGCCUGCCUGGCACAGCACCUCCAAAAGUGCCUCCCCAGGAGACCUACUUGAGCGAGAAGAUUCCCAUCCCCAGCACAGAGCAGGGCACAUUCAGCCUGAGGAAACUGUGGGCUUUCACGGGGCCUGGCUUCCUCAUGAGCAUUGCUUUCCUUGACCCAGGGAACAUUGAGUCGGACCUUCAAGCUGGUGCGGUGGCUGGAUUUAAACUGCUCUGGGUGCUGCUCUGGGCCACUGUGCUGGGCUUGCUCUGCCAGCGGCUGGCUGCCCGGCUAGGUGUAGUGACAGGCAAGGACUUGGGUGAAAUCUGUCAUCUCUACUACCCUAAGGUGCCCCGGACGGUCCUCUGGCUGACCAUCGAGCUAGCCAUUGUGGGCUCAGACAUGCAGGAAGUCAUCGGCACAGCUAUCUCCUUCAAUCUGCUCUCUGCUGGACGUAUCCCCCUGUGGGGUGGCGUCCUGAUCACCAUCGUGGACACAUUUUUCUUCCUCUUCCUGGAUAACUAUGGAUUGCGCAAGCUGGAAGCUUUCUUUGGACUUCUUAUUACGAUUAUGGCUUUGACCUUCGGUUAUGAGUACAUGGUAGCACGCCCAUCCCAGGGAGCGCUUCUUCGGGGCCUGUUCCUGCCCUCCUGCCCGGGCUGUGGUCAGCCCGAGCUGCUGCAGGCAGUGGGCAUUGUUGGUGCCAUCAUCAUGCCCCAUAACAUCUACCUGCACUCAGCCUUGGUCAAGUCUAGAAAGAUAGACAGAAGCCGCCGAGUGGACAUUCGAGAAGCCAACAUGUACUUCCUGAUUGAAGCCACCAUCGCUCUCUCUGUGUCCUUCAUCAUCAACCUCUUUGUCAUGGCUGUUUUUGGUCAGGCUUUCUACCAGCAAACCAAUGAGGAAGCGUUCAACAUCUGUGCCAACAGCAGCCUCCACAACUAUGCUAAGAUCUUCCCUAGGGACAAUCACACAGUGUCAGUGGAUAUUUACCAAGGAGGUGUGAUCCUGGGCUGUCUCUUUGGCCCUGCUGCCCUCUACAUCUGGGCAGUGGGUCUCCUGGCAGCCGGGCAGAGCUCUACUAUGACCGGCACCUAUGCAGGACAGUUCGUCAUGGAGGGCUUCCUGAGGCUGCGGUGGUCGCGCUUCGCACGGGUCCUCCUCACUCGCUCCUGCGCCAUCCUGCCCACUGUGCUCGUGGCUGUCUUCCGAGACCUGAGGGACCUAUCGGGCCUCAACGAUUUACUCAAUGUUCUGCAGAGUCUGCUGCUGCCCCUUGCUGUGCUGCCCGUCUUGACCUUCACCAGCAUGCCAGCGGUCAUGCAGGAGUUCGCCAAUGGCCUGUUGAGCAAAGUCAUCACUUCCUGCAUCAUGGCGCUCGUCUGUGCCAUCAACCUCUACUUUGUGGUCAGCUACCUGCCCAGCCUCCCUCACCCUGCCUACUUUGGCCUGGUAGCCGUGCUGGCUGUGGGCUACUUGGGCCUUACUGCCUAUCUGGCCUGGACCUGCUGCAUCGCCCACGGGGCCACCUUUCUGACCCACAGCUCCCACCAACACUUCCUGUAUGGGCUCGCUGAGGAGGGGCAGGAAGAUGGGGAGAGCUCUGGGUGAGAGAAAAGCGCACUGGUCCCCUGGAUCCAGCAGCCAAGGCAACGGGAUGCAGCAAGGCGAUUGGAGGUCAGCCACCGGCUUCCUGGAUUGAGGGUUUCCCGUCACCCCGAGUGAGGCGUCCUCUUGUGUGCUAGGGACCACACCCAUCCAACCAACAAUCUACAGUGCCUGCAGCUAGAGAUGGCUCUACUGUUAAGAACACUGGCUGCUCUUCCCAGAACUAACAUGGUGGCCCUCAAGUGACUGUAACUCCAGUUCCAGGACAUCCAGUGCCCUCUUCUGGCCUCCUAGGCUGGCACUAAAUACACAAACAAGCAGACAAUACACCCAGAUACAUAAACACUUAAAAAACCAAAACAGUGGGCUGGAGACAUGGUUCAGCGGUUAAGGGUACUGACUACUCUCCCAGAGGACCCGGGUUCAAUUCCCAGCAUCCACAUGGCAGCUCACAACUGUCUCUAACUCCAGGA